UCAGCGCAACCAAACGGAAAACGAGACGUGACGAAAGAAACGUAAAAUCCAAUUGCAUUUUGAUUUUUUUCCAUUUUACAUAAUUAAAGUGGCAAGGAAUAUGGAAUACGAUCCGAGUUAUCAGCAGAUCUGCUCGACGCGCACCGUUCAAUCGGAUAAGAAGGGUUUCUUCAACGAGUUCUACCUGGACGUGAAGGAGGCAUGUGGCGACAAGUGGCUGCAAAACUAUUUCGGCAAACUUAAAUCGAAUGCGGCACGCAUCUUGUCCAUCUUCAGUGAUCGCGAGAUCUGUGAUCCGGUGCUCGGCGUCUUGGAGCAUGUGCAGCCAGUCUACAAGGAGAAGGAUGUGCUUGUCUCGUCGCAGCGUCGGGCACAGGCCGACAAGUUCCAGCUGAUGAGCAGCAAUGCGGAGCUGGAAGAGGAUCGCAAAGAGUUGCUGAAGCAGGCGCUGAUGCAUGCCAAUCUCGCCGUGAUGCGAGCACCUGCUCCGCAGCUGGACAUGAGUGUGGAUAAUGGUUUAUCGCUGGCAUUGGCCUAUCGUACACGUGCCUCCAUCCUCAUUGGCCUGGGCGAGGGUGAGGCUGCGUUGAGUGACCUCAAGCUGGCCACCAAUUUCGGCAUGGAGUCCAAGCAGAGCGUCGACUACUACUGCAAAAUGGCCAAGGCAUAUGCGGUCAUGGCGGAGAGUGCACGUGCUGAAAUCUCGCUGAAGAUUGCCGAGAAGCUGGCUGGCGCUGAGACAGCCAUAAUUGCAGCCUGUCGCAAGGAUAUUGCAGGACUCAAAGCGGUCAAGCGUGAGCCGGCCCAGAAAGCGUUGGCGCCGGCAUUGGCCCAUGGCGAGAAUCCAGCGCUGAGCGGUGCUGCCAAUGUGGUUAAGCUGGUCGAGACUAAGGACAAGGGGCGCUUUGUGGUGGCCAAUGAGGGCUUGAAGACGGGCGAUGUGGUGCUCAGCGAGAAUCCUGUGGCUGCCUGUCUGCUGCCCAACUUCUUUGGCACCAAUUGUCAUCAUUGCUUCAAGAGGCUGCACACACCUGUUGCCUGUUUGCAUUGCUCGGGGAUUGCUUUCUGCUCCGCCCAGUGCAUGGGAGAGGCUUGCGAGACUUAUCAUCGCUUCGAAUGCCAGUUUAUGGAUCUGUUUAUUGGCUCGGGGAUGUCCAUACUCUGUUAUAUUGCAUUGCGAAUCUUUACACAGGCAGCCAGCCUGGAGGAUGGUCUGCAAACGUCGAAUCUGCUUUUCGAGCAUCUGGUCUCCCAUCAGGAUGUGCGCCAGCCGGAUGACUAUCUGCAGAGAUCCCUCAUGGCGGGUUUCCUUAUGCGUAUUUUGCAGAAGGCUCAAUAUUUUGGACAUCGCAAGACCGAAGGCGUUAAUCCCACUGCUGUCGAGUUGCAGGUGGCAACAUCCCUGCUCGGAUUACUGCAAGUUCUGCAGUACAAUGCCCAUGAAAUCUAUCAUACGAUGGUGACGGAUGAGCAUUGCUUCGAAGGCUGCAAGGUGAUUUAUUUGGGUGCUGGUCUAUAUGGCACCGGUUCCUACUUCAAUCACGAAUGCUGGCCGAGCACAGCGGGCUAUUAUGUGGGCAAAAGGUUGGUAAUGGCAGCCACGAAGCCACAUCGACCCAACGAGAUUGUCGCAGUCAAUUACGGGCCCAUCUUCUCCAAGAUGAAUCUGAAGGAGCGUCAGCGAUCCCUGCGUGGUCGCUACGCCUUCAGCUGCAAUUGUAUGACCUGCCAGGAGAACUGGCCUCUUUUGCAGAAGAUCGACAAGCAAGUCAGAUUCUGGUGCACCUCGGCGAAUUGUGUGAAUUUGCUCAAGUUCCCCAAGGAUUUGGCCAAGGACGUGCGUUGUCCUCGUUGCCGCAAGAACAUCUCGUUGAAGGAAAGCGUCGCCAAGCUCAUUAAAAUCGAGGAACUUUAUCGCGAGGCUGCUGAGGCGAUGCAAGCCCAAAAGACGAAUGAGGCAAUUGAUCUCUUCAAGGAGGGCAUCGAUACAUUCUUCCAGAUAGCAGCUCUGCCACACAAGGAUACAUUAAUUGCCCAGCAGGCAUUGCUGAAAUGUUUGGCCAACACGGGUUCCACAUUCAAAAAGUAAUCUUUAAUGUAUUGUGCGUUUUUUUAUAAUAAAUACUUUAUUUAAAAUG